AGGGAUCAUGUGACCAAAUAACAUGGCGGAAGCUUUGGAAAAGACAACUGAGUCAACUGUAAGGAACUAGUGGAAUAAUUUCAUAAUUUAUGAAAUCAUUUUCAGUUUUUCCGUGGAUUGUAUCAGUAGAUAAAAUUAAAAUGUGAUAUGUAGGAAAUUGAAGUACUAUUUCUACACAUGAAUUGAAAAAGCUUUGGAUUAUAAACCUAUAUAAUAUAUUUUAUAAUUUUUCAUAAAUUUGAAAUAAAUAAGUAAAUAAUAUAGAAUAUAGAGUAUAGAGUUUUAGUUUUAGAGUAGAUAGUAUAUCAAUUAUAUGUUUAUUGAUAGUAUACUUAAGUAUAGUAUAGUAAUUUAAGUUAAAGUAAUUCACUGAUUCAGUAAUUGUACCACAGUGGCUGAGUCUAAGACUAUGAGUGACAGAUAUCUCAGCUGUUACUGUUAUUAUUUGGCAUUAUUUAAUUUAUUUGCUAACUUAUCUUGUUCAUCUUGUUUAACUAUUAAAUAUUUACUUAAGACUUAACUUACUACUACUAAUCAUAAUGUCAUAAUCGCAGUCAUCAGUGCUAACUCAGAACUGCAGUGCUAGCUAAGAUAGAUUAUAUUCUUGGACUAACUUGAUAAGAUUUUGUCUUUUCAGUUAGCUAUGGAAACAAUUCACGGUGUAGAAGAAGAUGAUGAUGAAGAUGAAGAAGAAUCUGAUUCAGAAGAUUCGGAAGAGGUAAUACUAAUACUAAUAUAAUGGAUAAGCAAAUAAUAUUAAGAUUUCUGACAUGAGGCAAGAAGACUUGUAAUAAGUAGGACCACUGUAUGAUCCGGGAAGUGCAGAACACCCCAUGUCAUGAUUUCAUUGUCUUAGGUUGCAUCAUUGCCUAAUGCCACACUUCAGAUGCUCCCUCUGUGUUGAAAAUCAUCAUGACAAUUGGGUCAAAAUGAUAGUAUCUGCAUUUAGGCCUUUACAAUUUAUUCUUCAAAUAAUUAUCAACAUUAGCUAAUCAAAUUAUAAUGAAUUUAAGUAAUCUAUGACCCAACAAUUUUUUUUUUUAGGAAAUUGAACCAAAGCUUAAAUAUACCAGAUUAGCAAAUGAUGUGUCCAAUAUUUUAAGUAAGGAUGCUGCUAGCUGCAUAGCUAUUCAUACAAAGGUAAUUGUGAUCAUUUUGUAAUAUAAAAAAAAUAUGUAUUUUUAUAAUUGAAUUAAUAUUAUAAAUUGUUUUUGUAGUGGGUUUGGUCUAACUUUAAAGAUUUAAAAGUUUUAAUUAAAAAGCUAUUCAUUUUCAUUACAGUACCUUACAGGAGAUUUGAUCUUGUACUAUGCAACCUAAUUUUUAUAUGUUUUUAAAUAAGCUAUGAUUAAUAGUGUCAUACAAAAUUAAAUUUUGCAAUGUUGAGCAAGCUUUGCACCAACCAUAGCUAAUGAAACUUUUAAAUGCCUCUAUUUAUGAAGAAAAUUUGCAAUAUUAAGCAGAUACUCAUACAUAAAAUAUAUGGUAUAAUGGGAAAUCUUUGUUUAAGUUUAAUUCAAUAAUUGGAGAUAUAAUUUUUUUUUAUAUUAUUAAUGUAACAAAUGUUAUGUGUAAUUCAUUUUUUUAUCUUUUAUAAUGCUGUUACUAGUUUCUAGCACUAGGAACUCACUGGGGCACAAUCCAUAUUCUUGACCACAUUGGCAACAACAUCAGAGAAAAAGAAAUUUUGGCAGUAAGUUGUCAGAUAAUAUAUAUGUACAUAAAUGCAAUUCAUUCUUGUAAAAUGAGUCACCUACAUACUGUUAAGCAUUCCUAUCAUUCAAGCUUAUAGCUAUAUUUUCCAAUCUUCAGCAUUCAACAACAGUCAACCAGAUCAGCAUAGAUGACAAUGGGGACUUUAUGGCUAGUUGCUCUGAUGAUGGAAGGGUGAGUUUUUUAAAUAAUUACUAUUACCUAUAGGGCUCACUCCCACUUAAAAACAAAUUCAAAGUAAAAAAUACCAUUUAAUCUUUAUGAACAAAAUUUUUAAUAAUGGAUCCAAAAAUUAUUUUAAAAAAACUAAAAUUAAUUGCUAAAUUAAUAAUUUUUGUUAUGAAUCAUAUUUAGUAAUUUUGGAAAAAAUUUGCACUGGAAAUUAUUUAAAUAAACCAAAGUAUAAUUUUAAAAUAAAAAAAUAACUGAAGUGUUUUUGUGUAGUUUAUUUUUGCAAACUUACAAACAUGGUAAGUUUCUCUCAAUGUUUUUUUUCUUAAAGGUAAUAAUUACAGGCUUGUAUGACGAGAGCAAUCAAACUGUGACUUUUGACAGACCUAUAAAAGCAAUUGCCCUUGACCCACUUUAUUUCAAGCCCAGUAGUGGGAAACAAUAUGUUACGGGCGAUGACAAGGUUUGCUUGACUUAAAAUUUUUUGUAUCUACAUAUUUUAUUUCUUAAAAUUAAAAAAUUAUUAAAAGUUUCAAUUGGAGCAAGUUUGUAAGUUAAUUAUAUGUUCUGGUUGGUCAGAUGACUAUUCAAAAUGAAGGGUUUUAUCUUCACUAUAAAUAGUCUUUGAAUCUAUUAAAAUUGUCUGCUUUAUUUGAAGGAACUGCUCCUCUUUCAAAAGCUUUUGGUUUACAAUUAAAGUAAAUGUCAUAAAAGUUAUCUUAUGUUUAGCUUCUUAAAGGAGUGGAACAAAUCAAAAGUCAAGUAAAUAUGGUACUGAUAUGCUAACACACACUCAUAAAUACCAAUAAUUAACAAAAAAAAUGAAUUUGCAUAUAUACUGUAUUUAUAUCUUUUGUAAAAUAUUUUUUUCUAGCUCAUUUUAAAUGAGAAAAGUACCUUUUUUGGUCGUCAUAAAAUGACUGUUCUUCACCAAGGUGAAGGUCCUAUUCGCAAUAUUAAAUGGGCUGGAGAUUACAUUGCUUGGGCCAAUAAUAGUGUAAGUAUAAGAUAACAUUAGAUGAGCCAAUAAGACUGUAAAUAAGAUUUGGUCUAUCACAGUGUAAUUACAAUUUAUGUUUUUAAAAGCAUAAUUAUGGUCACACAUAUUAUCCCAUACUUAAUUGGGAAAUCUGUUAAAGAUUACAUAAAUUUAUGCAGAAUUUUUAAAUGUUGUUAUUGCUAAUUUAAGGGAAUUAUAAUAGUGAGUAUGCUGUAUUCUUGCAAUGACAUAAUUUUUUUUUUAAAAUUUCUGUAGGGUGUUAAAGUAUAUGAUGUGGUUUCCAAAGUCAAAAUCACUAAAAUAGACAAAGAUCAUGAGUGAGUUUUAUACCUAUUUUAAAAUGUUUCAAGCGAUACAUAGAAAAAUAUAAUUAAUUUCUUAGAUAAAAAUUCGAUCAAUAAAAUAAACUUAGUUGAGCUCUACUGCAGUCGCCUGGAAUUAUUACCAUUUUUAUUUUAAACUAUUACUUUCAACAGCAUGCGGCCAGACUUAUGUAUCUGUCAGCUUGUAUGGCGUGAUGAAAAAACAUUGCUGAUAGGUUGGGGUAAUAAAGUAAAGGUAAUUUAAAAAAUGCUGUCAUUUAAUCCUCUUUGUUGUGUAAUAGUUAGAGUCUAUGUUCAAAAUGAGUAAAUAACAAAUAACUACAAUUGCAUUUGAAUUGAAAGCUCAAAUUUAUUUUAUUGUCCCUGUUUAUUUUCCCCCCCUUCAUUUAAAAAAAAUUAAUUACCAGAAAACUAUGUUAAGAGGAAAAAACACUCUGCUGAUACCAUUUACUGUUUAAAGUUUAAAAAACAACUUUUCUUCUAUUCUUUCUAAAAUAGUAUAAAUCCACCUUGCUUACAAUUUCAAAAGAUAAAAUUAAAUAUUUAAGUCCAAAGCCAAAACUUUUCUUUUAUGUGACACUUUUUUUCUUUAUUGCAUUUACAUGAUUGAAAUAAUAUCAACAGACAGCUACUCAAAUUAACAGCAAAAUUUUCUUAAAAUUACAGAUUUGUGUUGUAAAAGAGCAAAACAAGACUGAUGUUAAAGAAAAUGUGCCAUUGAAAUAUGUUGAAAUAAGUAAAUAUCUUUCAUUAUCGUUAGUAACGCUUUGCAAAAGAUGUUUAGCUAAAAUGUAUAGGAGUUGUUGACAUAACGAAAUAUGUUGUUUAAUGCUUUAAAAAUGUAUUUAUUUGAUAUUAAUUAAUUAUUUACGAUAUAUUUAUUUAGAUCUUAAAAAGUCUUUAAAUAAUAGCCACUAUCUUUUAUUUUCUCAGCUGCCAUGUUCACCACUGACUUCAUUAUUUGUGGAAUUGCUCCUCUAGCAACUAAUGUUGUGGUGCUAUCCUAUGAAAAAAAUGCUGAAAAUUCAGAAGUAAUUUUCUUUAUUUAAAUCCUCAUGUUAUAUGAUUACAUAGACAAAUUUGCAUAGACAACUUACAAUAAAGUAUUAACAUAACUUACUUAUCACAUUUUAAUAGGGGAAACAAUUAAAACAUAUUUAAAAAGUUGAUAACAUACUAUCUUUAAACCAUACUUCCUAUGUAACAUCUAAUACACAUGAUCUAAAUAUGAAAGCGAGAAUACCAUCCAAAACGCUGAAUACUGACAAAUAACUAAAUUCAUAAUUUUAAUUAAUAUUACAAUAUUAUUGAUUUAAUAUUUUAAAUAUUUCAUUAUAUUCUUAAAAACUUUGGGCACAUUAUAGUUAAUAUGUGUAUUAGACCUAACAUAUUUAUGGGUUUUUUGUAAUAAAAGGGAGAGGUGAGAUGGGAACGCUUGCUUUUUUUUUUGUUGUUGUUUCUGAAGUCAUUAAAUGAAAUUUGGUAUUUGUUGUUGAACAAUUUAUUUUGAGAACAUUUAGAUUCAAAAUUGUUAAAGCUAGAGAUUGAAUGCCUAUGAAGGUUUUUUUUUUUCCCCUUUAAGGCCUGUGUAGCUUAAGUGUUCAAUUUAGAUCAAAUCACAUCCACUUUUUAUUGUUUUUUGAGCUGUGGGAUAUAAUUUUUUUUCUUCUUCUGCUUUACAUUAUUAGGAGUAAAUAAAGAAGAAAAAUCCCUUUGAUUUUAAAUAAAACUUGAUUAUCAAGAAAAGAGAGGAUUACACAAACAAAAUCAUUAAGGCUGCUAUAUGUGUUCUUCGUAAACAACGUAUGUGGAAGCUUGAAUCCAAGGACAGGACAAUAAGUGUCUUUUCAUUCAAGCUUACACAUUCCUUGUUCUAAAAUUUCCUUCACACAGCUUGAACACAAUCCUUCAUUUAUUAUUAUAUAUGUACUUCUGGGCUUGGCAUAAGAUUUACACAUUUCUUUCAUCAUUAGGCAGGGCGUGUAAAUGCAGGGAGACCUCACCUUCUUAUACUAGAUCCCCACAUGAAUCACUAUGAUGAAAUUUCAAAUGAUGCACUUUCAAUCAGAGGGUUCCAAGAGUACAGAUGCAACGACUAUCAUCUGGGUGAGAUAUUUUUAUGAAUUAAAAAAGAACAAUUAUAAACUGGUAUAGCUUCAUAUUUUUUGUGGAUGAAGUUUACUUAAGUUUCAGCAUACAUUUUACCAUCUUGUGUAUUUGAUGUGAAGAUAAAUUAUUUAUUGACAGAAUACCUGGCUGAUGACAACCAAUUCUUCAUCGUUAGCCCUAAAGAUAUUGUUGUCGCAAAAAUAAGAGAUCAGGAUGAUCACAUUACAUGGCUGAUGGAACAUGAAAAAUUUGAGGUAAUUAAUAACAUUUUUUAAAAAGUGAAUCAAAAUAUCACACCCACAUGCUCAAGUACAAUUGAAAACUUCACUUUAUCAGUCAUAUUUGUACUAAAAUUCUAUUUUAGUUGGAACAAAAAAGAAUUGAUUAAAAGCUCAGUUAUCAUUAUUUUUUAAUCAAUGUUGAAGGGCACAGUGCCUGCUGGUAUUUUAAUAGUUUAUGUCAUGCAUUAGAAAUUUUCUACUAAAUGCAGAAUACCGUAUUUUAAAUACUAUAAGACGCACCUUUUUCUUCAAAAAAUUGCCUUCAAAAUUCAGGUGCGUCUUAUACUCGAAAUUAAUAUAAAAAUGGUAAAAAAUUUAAAAAAAAAAAAAUUGCUUAAAAAUUAAGGGGCGUCUUAUAGUCCGUAGAGCUUAUAGUCCGUAAAAUACGGUAUAUUCUGGACACUUCUGACCUUUCAUUAAAGUUGUUUUUGCUAUUUUGAUAUGUUUAGAGUUAGAUUCUGGUUUCAUAUUUUCUCAUUUCUGUUAAUUAGAUUUUUAAAUUUUGAUUUUGAUAAUUAUUUCUAUACAGGAGGCCAUGGCUGCAGCAUCAGAACAUAGCAAAGAACUUAAGACACACUCUUAUUUUGUAUGUAAUCUCUAAUGGGACUUAUUUACUAGCAAAGAUUAAUGUCUAAAGCAGUCCAUUUUGGCUAGACUUAUGCAAAAUUUGCCGAACCUAGCAAAUCUUAGCUAUAAAAGAAUUAAGUAGGAGACACUUUUUGUAAUGGUUCUAAAAAUUAAAACAAUUAAAAAUAUCUAAGGACUAUAAAAGGUUCCAUUUUUAAAAACAUGAAAUGUCCCUUUCUUUUAAAGAAAUUUAUGAGGAAAUAUAUCUAGCAAUAUUUUUAAGUUCCCUAAUAGUUUUUUUUUUUUUUUUUUAAAAUAUAUAUAUUUUUAGAGAUCAAUGUAAUGCUUUGUAAUGAGUUAAUUGCUUUAUGCUAUAAUAAUUUUUACAUAUACUUUUCUAUAUAAAAAGGACUAUAAAAGGUUCCAUUUUUAAAAACAUGAAAUGUCCCUUUCUUUUAAAGAAAUUUAUGAGGAAAUAUAUCUAGCAAUAUUUUUAAGUUCCCUAAUAGUUUUUUUUUUUUUUUUUAAAAUAUAUAUAUUUUUAGAGAGCAAUGUAAUGCUUUGUAAUGGGUUAAUUGCUUUAUGCUAUAAUAAUUUUUACAUAUACUUUUCUAUAUAACAUUCCUUACAUUUUUACUUAUAAUAAAGGCCAUUGGUAGAGCUUAUCUUGACUACCUACUGGAAGAAGAGGCCUAUGAUGAAGCUGGCAGGCUUUGUGUGAAGAUUCUUGGCAAAAGAAAAGAAUCAUGGGAAGAAGAAAUUUACAAAUUUGCAAAAAUUCAACAAUUGAAGUUAAGUAUACUCUUAUUGAUUCCUAUUUACACAUAUUUAUUGGUUAUGAAAUAAAUUUCUCAAUAUACUAUUUUAAUAGCAAUAUUGAUUUUAAUACUUGAAUUAAUAUGUGCAAGUAGGGAAUAAAAGGCUACAUAUUCAACACAUUCUUGAAGAUUAAUUGGUUUUAUCCUAUCAACCUGAUUGCAUAUUUUGUGAUUUAAAAUUUAAACCAUGAUCAUUUUAAUCCAUUCUAUUAUAUUAAUUGUUCUUUUGACUAUUUCAGGCUAUUGCAACCUACAUUCCAAGGUCAGAUCCAAGACUGAGUUCUACAAUAUAUGAAAUGGUGUUAAAUGAGUUCCUGUCUACUGACCAUGAAGUUAGUAUAUAAAAUAACGAGUAGUGCUUUGUGGGACUUCAUAUUUAAAGGCUUUAAGAACUAGUCAAAUGGAAUUUGGUUCUAAGAUUUUACAAAUGAGUUUUAGAUGGAACAUAUUUCACCCGAAAGAACUAACUUAUUCCUUCUUUCACAACAGAGAUUCUUUCAACUCAUUAAAGAGUGGCCAUCAGACUUGUAUGACAAUGACUCCAUCAUAAAUGCCAUACUUGGACGCCUGGACAGAGAGAAACAUUCAGAACUUCUUCUAAAUAGCUUGGGCCAACUGUGGGUUUUAAAAAGCUUACUUUUGUUGUAAAAGAAAUGCAGUAAAUAAUUAACAAUCCAAGUGAAAAGGAAUGUUUUAAUACAUUUUUAAAAAAAAUGUUGUGAUAUUAAUUUAAUGAAUAAAUAAACAUUCAAAAUUAUGAAAAGGCUGUGCUUAAUAAAGUGUUUUUUUUUCUUUUUGUAUGUGUUUACAGUUAUGUUCACCAAAAAGCAUUUGACAAAGCUCUGGGAAUAUAUCUAAGGUAGAUUAUAGUCUGUUGUCCUUUAGAAAUUAGGAUUUAAAAUAUUUUUAACAAACCUAAAAUCUUUUUGAAUAUAAGUUAAUUUAAUUUAACUUAAUGAAUUCUUUAUAUGACAAACACAAUUUUUGUUAAAUGAUGGGAAUUAUUUAGUUAAUAUAUUCAUACAUUUUAAAUUAUAUUUACUUACUUCUUUACAACUGCUAAUUCACAACAAAUUAUGUUUUUGAUUUAUUAAUAACUGAUUUAUUUAUAAACUUAUAAGAGAUCAAAUUCCUUACUACUUCUAAUUCAUAACACUUGAAUAUGUGUGUUAGGAACAUUUGUGUUAGGAACAUUUGUGUUAGGAACAUUUGUGUUAGGAACAUUUGUGUUAGGAACAUUUGUGUUAGCAAUCAUCAUAUUUUUGCAAAUGUAAACUUUUUUACAGAUUAAAACACAAAGAUGUUUUCACACUGAUCCACAACCAUAACUUGUAUGACAAUAUAAGUGAUAAAAUUAUCCAGCUAAUGGACCUAGACCAAGAGAGGGCUGUCAAAAUGCUUCUUGAUAACAGUGAAACAAUUUCAGUAUGUAUACCUAUGUUUUAAAUGCAACAAAAAAGCACAAUCCUGAUAUUUCAUAAGACUCCUAAUUAAAGUAUUUUAAGAAUAUUAUAUAUUCAGAAAAAUGCGUUUCUAGACAAAUUAGUUUGAAGAAUUAUUGAGAUCGUUUUUGAAAGCAAAUGCUUAUGUUAAAUUUUAAAUGGAAAUUCCUACAAAGCUUCCCUGAUUUUACUCUCAAGAUCUGACAUUCCUAAAUGUUAUUACAAUACAUUGUGUCAUGCAUUUCUUAUAACUUGAAAAUUACAGGUAGAAAAAGUAUUGCAACAAUUGAACAAAUCGCAGAGCUAUCUCCAUGUGGUAAGAACUAGUUAUACAUUAACGAAUUUAGUUUGCUGCAAAUAAUUUUAUUUUAAACUGAAAUGACAUAAAGUAACAAUCUUUAUUAUGAAGCCUGUUGCAUUGCUGGCAGAAUCUAUUAUAUACAUUUCAUUUGAGCAAUGUCUUUCUCUUUAUUUGACGAUUCUUUGUUCAUUUGUGUUAACCUAGAGUUUUUUGUCGUCUUUGUUGGACAGAUAACCAACUUUUAACACCUUUUUGUUCUUUUUAAAAAUUUUCAUUCAGUACCUUGAUCAACUAGUACAGAAAGAUUUACAGGGCACACAGAAAUAUCAUGGCCAACUGGUCAAGCUGUAUGCUGAAUAUGACAGAACAAAGCUUUUGCCAUUUCUUCGUAGAAGUGAAUUUUACCCACUACAAUUAGCUUUGGAGGAAUGUGAAGCAAGAGACUAUGUCAAAGAGCAAGUUUUCCUUUUGGGUAUGGGAGUAAUUACCAGCUACUGAUUUUUCUAUACAUUUAAUUUACAAUUAGAGAGGACAAAAAUUAUUUUAACAUUAAUGCAAUAACAAUUGGUAACAUGACUCUUACUUCUGUAAAGUUUUUUUUUGCUCUGAAUGGUUGCACCUAACAAUAGGGAGAAUUUUAUGUUUAAAUGAGUUGUAACUGCCUUUGCAGAGGUCUAUUGGAAAAAAUGAUUUAAUUUUCACUAAGCAGUAACAUUAGUUCUUCAAAUACUUUCUAAAGUUUUCAAAACACACAAUUUAAAUAUCUAAUUUAAAUCAGUUUAAAACACUUUCUAAAACUGUUAUAAUUUUCAGGUCGAAUGGGCAAUUUAACAGAAGCUCUCAAGUUGAUUACAGAGAGACUGCAAGAUGUAAAUCAUGCUAUUCAGUUUUGUAUGGAGCAGGCUGAUGAGGAAUUGUGGAAGAAUCUAAUAGAAUAUGCAAUGGGAAACCCAAGUAUGUACAACAAUUUAUAAGACAAGCUUAUCAGUUUUAAUAUUUAUAUAAAAUUCUGGUUUAACUGGGUAAUGUGAGAAAUUUGUUCAAGAUGUUUUAAUGUCAAUUCACAUACAAUUGAAUUUUUGACGGAACUGUUUCAUUUCUGUGUCCAGAGUUUAUCACAGCUCUUCUACAGAAUGUUGGUGCCCAUAUUGACCCCAUUAAAGUCAUCAGUAGGAUACAAAUUGGAAUGGAGAUUCCAGGCUUGAGAGAUUCCCUUGUCAAAAUCCUACAAGAUUAUAACCUUCAGGUAGAUGCCAAUAAAUUGAAAGCAGGCAAUAAUUUUUCGUUAUGCUACAAAAACAGAAAACUAAAAUUUUUGCUUAUGAAAUAUAUCUGAUCAACACCACCGUUGAAUGUAUGUCACUUGAUAAGUUUUCAAACGACAUAUUCAAGUGGCAUUUAAUAAGUUUUGAAAAGGUAUUGAACAGCAUGAUGACUUCCCUAUAUUUUAUUACAGCUGUCGUUACGGGAUGGUUGUAGGAAGAUAUUGGUUGCUGACAGUUUCAAACUCCUUGAGAGGAUGGUGAAAACUAGGAAACGAGGAGUAUUUGUUGAUGGUAAGCUUAUGUUCUAAUUGAUAUUUUAAUGUUGUGAUAAUUAAUAAGUGCUUAAUUUUUUUUUGCAGUACAACACUUCUAAGUAUAAUCCCUAUUGCAGUUCUAUUUUAAUUUCUAUUCAUCACCAUGUAUUCCAUAACAGGAUUAAUUUGUUUUAAAAGUAUGUUUUGGAUGGGUCUAAUUCAGUAGCAGAAAUGAGUUCUUAAAUUUGUGUGGAGAUGUAUUAAAUUAAUUUUUCCAAAAGCAUUUCAGCUAUUUCUAGCUAUGUUAUGGUUGUUAUAUUAACAUAUUUUGUUUGUUGAAGGAGUUUUUUUGUGUGCUAUUCUUCUUAUUGCCCUACAUACAAAGACAUUGCAACUUUUUACACAAAAACAAAUAAAAUUACUGUAAGCCAUUUUGAGAAAGAGACACUAAAUUUUAAAAAACUAAGCUGGAAAUCGACCAUUACAAAUCCCCAUAGAAAGAAGACAAAACUUACUUAUUUUUAAAAAAAAAAUACUUUAGGAGUACUAACCAAUUAAGUUAUGUCUGUUUAUAAAACAGUUGCCAAUAUCAACAUAAUGUAAAUUGUCUUCAUUAAAAUAGCUAAUUAAAAUGUCAUUCUAAUACUAUUCAGAAAGUCAGCUUUGUCCAGUGUGCAAUCAGAGGUUGACUGUCAAUGGUAAGUUGUUAAACAUGUGCUAAAUGUAUUUAUUUGUGUGCUGUGCCCAGUUAAUCCUUGAAUCAUUACAUUUUUCAUUCUUCUGUUUUCAUAUUUUUUUUCUGACAAAGUGGCUUUGGUUUUCUUUUCCUAAUUAGAUAAACAUUUGAAAAAAAUAUUUUUCACUGUUUCUUAUCUAAAACUGUCUGCAUUUAAUUUUUAUUUACUGUUAAAUUAUUAUUUUAUUUUUUCUGUUUGAAAUUGCUCUUAGUCUUACAAUUUAGCAAUUUUAGAUGGCACAUAGUCUUCUUUGCAUAAAAAAAGUAUCUUUUCAGAUUUACGAUUUGCCAGUAAUCUAAAUGUGUUUCACUGCCGUCACGCCUUUCAUGAAGAUUGUUUGCCAGCACGUGCUGUAAGUCUUGGGUUAUAAGGAACUUAAUGCUCUAUAAAUAAGUAUUAAUAACCAAUGCAGGCAACCAAAAGUAUGGCAAGUGCAACUCUCAGUGGUCAUAUUUCAGAAUACAAUUAUUUCACAUUGAAUGCCAUUGGCAAUAAGAUUAAAUAAAAAAAAAAAAAAAAAUUGAAAGAAAUGCACAAAAUAUUACUUUGAAAUUUUUGUAUAAUAAAAAUAUUUAACCUUGUCAGAAUGCAAAAUGGGAUUGUAAUUUAGGCAUAAAAAAGGAACUUAAUGCUCUAUAAAAAAGUAUUAAUAACAAAUGCAGGAAACAAAAAGUAUGGCAAGGGCAACUCUCAGUGGUCAUAUUUCAAAAUACAAUUAUUUCACAUUGAAUGCCAUUGGCAAUAAGAUUAAAUAAAAAAAAAAAAAAAAAUUGAAAGAAAUGCACAGAAUAUUGCUUUGUACUUUUUGUCUGAUAGAAAUAUUUAACCUUGGCAGAAUGCAAAGUGGGAUUGUAAUUUAGGCAUAAAAAAGUUCAUCCCUUGUUAUCAUAUUAUAUGUGAACAAUGCUAAAUAAAAUGUAAGUACACCACAUUUAGUGUCAUUUGAUUUUUAUAUAGUGUCAUUUGAUUUGAUACAGUGUCAUAAAACAUAUAUUAUCUAUUUCAGACACAUUUUAUUAUUUUUAACUCCAUUUAUAGAUAAUCUAUAAAUACACCUCAUUUAGUUUGUUUUGGUUUUAUAUAGUGUCAUAAUGAUACAAAUUAAUUAUCUAUUUCAGACAAAUUGCAUUAUUUGUAACUCUAUCAAAAAGGAUAGACGUCCAGGAACAAGAGAGCACUAUCUAAAGUAAUGUAUACACAAAUGCCAAGUUUUGAAGGAUAAAUGUCUGUUCAUUUAUCUUAACAUUUAAAAAUGUGAUAUUCGUAAAAUAUUUAACAUUAUCAUCUGGUACUUAUGUUGUUUUUCUUUAAAUAGGUUUAUAAAAAAUAUAUCGGCAUGACAGAGAUAGAUUUGUUUCCUUUCAGGCGUUAACCUAUACAUAAUCAUACAAUUUUUUUACUUUUAGAUGUUUAUCUACAAAUCAUAUGUCUAGUCAAAUAUUAAGUUUGGUCUCUGGAACCAUGGUAAAUUGUUUAUAUAAGACAUUUUGAUUCUUGUCAUUUUUGUAGUCUUGAGAGGGAUGGCUAAGUAGUAUAAAAAAUAAAUAUCAAAACUGAAUGUUCAUUCAUAUGUUCAUUUUCCUGUGACAAAGUCAUUUUUCUUUGACAUUUUUGUUUGGUUAAGUUCUGUACACUCAUUAAAAAAAUUCAUUUAAACCAUUGUUCUAUUCCCUUAAAUUUCAUUAAUGAGCAUUAUUUUUAUGUUUUUGCUUUUAAAUUGUUAAUGAAAUUCUACCCUUGUCAAUAGAAACUGAACAAACUCACAAAAUAUAAUGCCUGAUCUUAUACUUAAGGAUUACAUGUUAUUUGCCAUUGUGCUCAUAGACUUAAUCUGAGAGAUAGUUGUUCAAUAAAAUUUAAUUAAACUACUUUGGUUUUUUAAUUUAAAUUUUGUAACCUUCAUGUUAAAUCUUAUCUUUGUAUUAGCUUUUUUUUUGAAAAAAAAAGUUAUCAACCAGCCAAUUUUAGUCUCAUACCUGCCAACCUGUGUGACCUGUAAAAAUUAAAUAAUCCCCAAAAACCUGUACACAAUAAGUUUUUAAAAAGUUGAUGCUGUAAUUCUUUUAAAGUUUCUCAAAAAUAUAAUUCACCAAUGAUUCACACAAAAGGUACUAGUCUAACAGCCAUAUCUUAUGUUUAGACUGUGCUUCAUUGAUAGCAUAUCAAUCCAAAUAGUCACUUAAUUAAUAGGAUUAAUAGGAAUUAACUUCCAUUUUGACCAAGAAAACCUGUACAACAUUGUGUAUGGCCAUAUAAAUUGGAAAAUAUAAAACUUGUAACAUGGGUCAGAUUUCAUAGAAAUGAAG